GCAGAAGAUUGUGUUGUGUCCAGCAGUCCACGCCUCCGCGCUCAUACAGAGAGCUGAACUGUUGAAGAAAAAAAAUCAUGUCCUGUUUCAAGUCUUCCACUGCACUUUCCUACACAGUUUAAACGUGCUUACAUUAACACAUCAGGACACACCAAGAGGAAUGUUAAGCUUCUGGGUUAAUGGGUUAAACCUAAGAAUAUGGCAUCCAGAACAUGUUCCAGUACUCAGCAAACAUCAUCUGGUGCCCUCGACAUGAACACUUCUCACAGACAAACACAGAACUGCAGCAGGAAGAGAAAACACUACUGUUUAGAGUGUGGAAAGAGUUUUACUGUAAAGAGUCAUCUCAAAACACACCAGCGCAUUCACACAAGAGAGAAACCGUAUCACUGCUCAGAGUGUGGGAAGAGUUUUACUCAACAGACUCAUCUCCAACGACACCAGCACAUUCAUACAGGAGAGAAGCCGUAUCGUUGCUCUGAGUGUGAGAGAGGUUUUAAUUGUCAGAGUUCUCUCCAAGAACACAUGUUCAUUCACACAGGAGUUAAACCAUAUCAUUGUUUAGAGUGUGGGAAUCAUUUUACUCAGCAUGUCUCUUUGAAAAUACACCAGCGUAUUCACACAGGAGAGAAGCCUCAUCACUGCUCAGAGUGUGGAAAGAGUUUUAGUCAGCAGAGUAAUCUCCAACAACACCAGCGCAUUCACACAGGAGAGAAGCCUUAUUACUGCUCAGAGUGUGGGAGAAGUUUUAAUCAACAGAGUACUCUUCAACGACACCAGCGCAUUCAUACAGGAGAGAAGCCGUAUCACUGCUCAGUGUGUGGGAAGAGUUUUAAUCAACAGAGUCAUCUGCAGCAACACCAGCGCAUUCAUACAGGAGAGAAGCCAUAUCACUGCUCAGAGUGUGGGAAGAGUUUUAAACAUCAGAGUCAUCUCCUUCGACACCAGCGCAUUCACACAAGAGAAAAGUCAUAUUACUGUUCAGAGUGUGGCAAGAGUUUCAGGCAUUUAAAGACUGUGGCGACACACAAGUGCACUAAGGGCACUGGUGGAAAUGUACAGUAAUGAAGGUAACCUUACCCCAUUCUAGCAUUCUAGGAGUAAUUUUCUCCAGGAAAUGAUGCUUCCAGCCCAGGUUUGAAACUGUGUUUAGGGGAAAACCACGUAUUGUUGUUUGAUGCUGUUU